GCUUUACAUGUUUCAACAUUAAUGGCCUUAUACGCAUUAUGAUUACCACUUGGGCCCGUAUUCCCUAACUUCUCCGCAGAAGCAAUACAACCUACUCAUUAACCGAACGGUCCGCUUUCCGUAUUCGGAAUGAGGCGGCCCACGAUGAAUUUUCCAGCUAUUAGUAGAUUAGCCUAAGGGAAGAAGAUGCAAAAAGGAGACAUUCGGGAAAAUGGCAGAGGUCACAUGAGACAUCUUCGAGACUGCCCUAGGUAGGGUCAACGGAAUCAAAAUGUUUAUUUACCUUGGAAAUCGCCCACCGGAUUCCUUUUUUUUGAGUGAUUCUUUCGAGGGAAACUACUGGGAACCAUCUAAGUUCAUAGCGGCUCCUGCGAAGAAACAGCAACAAUGAAGGUCUUGUCGACGCUCGCAACUUUGGUUGCGCUUGGCAGCUGCCAAUCCCUGACCAAGGUCAAUGACUUCAGCGGCACUCCCACGAAGUUGGGCAUGUACUCGUACGUGCCGAAGAACCUCAAGACCCCGGCGCCCAUCAUCGUAGCUGUACACCACUGCCAAGGCUCAGCUCAGGGAUACUUCAAUGAGGCCCGCUACGCACCAUUGGCUGACCAGCAUGGCUUCAUUUUGAUCUACCCCAACUCCAAGUCUGGUGGUGGUUGCUUCGACGUCGCUUCCGACGCUACCUUAAAGCACAAUGGCGGCGGUGACAGCCAGACCAUCGCCAACAUGGUCAAAUACGCCGUAGAGAAAUACGGUGGUGACGCAAACAGGACAUAUGUCACCGGAACCAGCUCCGGUGCCAUGAUGACCAACGUCCUCCUCGGAGCCUACCCCGACGUGUUCAAGGCAGGAUCCAUCUACUCCGGCGUGCCGGACGGAUGCUUCGCCGUCCCCGGCUCUACCGCCACCCAGGACCCUCCGGGAUGGAACAACCAGUGCGCCAACGGACAGACCACCAAGACCGCCGCUCAAUGGGGUGACCUCGUCCGAUCUUACUACCCAGGAUACACCGGCCCUCGUCCCCGAGUCUUAGUCUGGCACGGAACUUCUGACAGCACCCUGCGAUACCCUAACUACCAAGAGACGCUCAAGCAAUGGUCCAACGUCCUGGGCCUCACCACCCACAAGGACACGCCCAACACCCCGCAGAGCGGAUACACCCAGACGAUCUACGGCGAAGGCACCGCGACGACGGCUCAGCUCGUCGGAUACAGCGCCCAGGGCGUUGGCCACACCGUCCCUGUUCACCAGAACGACGACCUCGCAUUCUUCGGUCUUGUGUAAAAGGUAGGAAAAGGUCGUGUGGGGUUCACCAGACCGAAGGGCUAGGAGGUGCCUACCUACUUGGUUUGGCCAAUUUGUAAAUACAUAGCGGAAGCAUUACUACCUGGUAUAUACAUACUAGUUGACUUUACCUCGCAACUACAUAUCUUUAUGAUUGUUUAGAUUGGUAAAGCUUAAUUUUCUAACUUAAUGUAAGGUAAAUUCUUGAGGUGAGAAUUUCAAAAUAUUUGAAUAGGGUAGCAGAGUCAGAAACUAAUUUUCAUGGCAUCAAAUGAUUACAUGUAAAUAGAUGCCACGUGGCUACGGCAGUAAGUCCCUAUUAUCUGGUCUGUGGGGUUGCGUCUUAGCCGGGGAACUGGAAACUUCAUAGAGACUGUAAUAUGC